GCCCCACCUGGGCAGCGGGCCCCGCCCCCGACUCCUCCUCCCGCCCCGGGCUGCGCUCCGGCACCUGCCGCGCUCGGCUCGGCUCGGCUCGGCUGCGGGAGGAGCGCGGCGCUGCAGCCGCCCGUGCUGGGAGCCGGCGGGAUGGAGCCGCUGCCGCUGGCCCUGGGGCUGGCCGCGCUGCUGGGUCUCUCUUCAGCACUGCUGGAAGUCAGUGUGGGACAAGCCUCUAUCUCUACGAUCCAAGGGCAGAGGGUGGUGUUGCCGAUCUGGUACACGAGCAUCUCUCAGAGGAGUCCCUAUGUCUCGUGGGUCCUUGAGAGACCUGGAGCCAAUCGUUUGCAGAUACUGACGUACAUGGACGGGACGGUGAAAGUGCAGGAGACAUACCUGAAGAACCGGACUGGCUUUGUGCACCCCAUGCCUUUCUUCAAUAUUUCCAUUGCCAUUAACAACACCCAGGAAAUGGAUUCUGGUGAAUACAUGUGCACGGUCAACAUUCUGGAUGAAGAUGCCAUCAACGGGAAAAAUAUUGGACUCAUCAACCUCACCGUUCUGGUUCCUCCAUCCCCCCCGGCAUGCCAGAUCCACGGGAAACCCUACCUUGGGGGCAACGUCACCAUGAGCUGCAAGUCAUCCUUCAGCAAGCCCAGCCCCAAGUACAGCUGGCAGCGCACUGCCCCCAACACCCAGGUCUUCUUCGCACCAGUCCAAGACCUCGCGAGAGGGACCCUGAUGCUAACCAACCUCUCCAAGGAGAUGUCUGGGACGUACGUCUGUACGGCAGCAAAUGUAGCUGGCAGCUCCAAGUGCAACAUCACCCUGGAGGUGAAUUCACCGCUCAGUGCAGCCGUGAUUGCUGGAGCCGUGGUGGGGUCUCUCAUUGGAGUCGGCUUAAUUAUCUUGUUUGUUCUCCAAAUGUUCGUCUAUCGAAAGAAAAAGAAAGACCCGCAGGAGGAAAUGGCCAACGAGAUCAAGGAAGAUGCUAUUGCUCCAAAGACACCUUCUUGGGCUAAAAGUUCCGGUUCUGACAUUGUCUAAAAUGGUACCUUGUCAUCCGUGCACACGACCCGGGACCACAAACUGUACCCAUCCAAGCCCGCUUCAGACACAGCCUCCAUCACCACCGCCGCCGCAGCACACGUGGGCUACAAACCUCCCUAUAGACCGAGGAGCAGAACCCUAACGCCCACCCAGCUUGUCAGCCAGAGCCCUGCAUCUCUAUUUCCCACAGGAAUGGAACGGCAGCAUACCCCAGCACUGUGCACAAGCAAUAGGAACACUCUGCACAGGACAAAUGGGGCACAGCCGCAGGUCCCCCCGGCAGGAGCUCCCGUCCCUCAAGGGCUAACCACCUCUACCCCUUACAGAAUGGGUGCGGUCCAGUCAUGGUGCCUGCCCCAGAGCCAAGCAGGGUCCCCUGGUGUAAGCAUCCAGCAGCUUGGGUGCCCUCUGUAUGCUGGAGUGGCUGGGGAAAUGGCCAUUAAUCCCAAGCAAAGCAGACUGGAAACAUCGCGACCAAGCCACCUCCAAGCUCCUGUGAAUCAGGGCUGAGCAUGUGAGGGGGAGCCGUGCGCACGGCAUCACGCACAGACUGCGGGAGCUUCCCAGGGACAGGCUUCCUCAGAUACGCACCCUGCCAGCUCCCAGGGUUAUCCUUCCAAACGCCUUCCGGCCCCGGCCCACUCCCCCGAGAGCUAGGAGCCAGCCCGGAUCCCCUCCGUGUGGGGAGGCUGCUGGCCGCAGACUGUUUAUUGAAGGAAUGCCGCUGCUCUUGGUGUUGCUAGUUCCUGCCAUGGACUUCAGCCCCUGCUGCUUCUUGUAGGACAAGGGCUUACAACCUUUUUUCAGCUGCAGACCCCGAACAAAUUUCGGAUGGCGGCGCGGGCCCCUUUGGAAAUUCAAACUGUGUUCUGCGGAUAUAGAUGUUGGAACAAUUUGUACAGUGUGGGUGCUGAGAGCCACUGAACCGAACUGUAGCCCUGUAAAUGAUGAAAACCACUUCAAGCCAGGGGGUGCGGGAGCACCCCUCGCCCCCGUAGUUCCAGCAUCUAUGUCCACAGACUCCUCUCAUAGAAAUGUUAGACUGCAAAGGGCCUUGGGCUUGUGUGGUAACGACAGCACGUCUGGGGUUUGACCUGUAGGUGGGGGUAUCCACAUACUUUUGGUUGGUCCGAAAAACAGAAUGCCUUUCCUGGGGUCCGGAACCUUGUUUUCAUCGUCACCUUUCGCGAGAGUCUGUGGGCCCCCAGGGGGCUGCGGACCACAGGUUGAAAACCACUGUUGUAGGAAAAGUCCUGCUGAGAUCAGA